AUUUUAAUUUUCGUGGCAAUUGCAAAGAAUUUCACAAGAAACCGACUUUUUAAAACGUUUAUUCAGAAAAAAAUGCCUAAAAUCGUAGAAUUAAGACAAGAUCGUAAUUUAAUAAAUACCAAUUUUGAUGGCUAUAAGCUAUCCUUGGAUCCUGUGCCCUUAUUAAGGCAAGAAUUAACUUCCUCUCCCCUAAAAGCAGAAGCCAAUGAUGACCAAUAUUCUUUACUGCAUGCUGAAUUAUUCUCCAUGCAAAAUCUUCUUACUGUUGAUCCCUGGAUAAGAACAAAUUGCUAUUUCAUAAAUCGCUCAGGUGAAAUUGUUCGCUGUGCAUAUGAUGAAAACAAAGGACGUCCAGACCAUCAGCAAGUGGUUUAUCGUUUAUUUCAAAAUGCCGAUAGUCGUAAGCAGAAGGGAGAUUAUAACUACAGUCUGAAGUUUUUAUCGGAGAAAUUUAGCUUAAUCUGUGAUGGUGUUAAAACUUUAUUACUAUUAGAAACUGGAGACCGUUUAAAGGGUGGAGAAUGGAAAUUAGUGGCCUCAGCUCGAAUUGAAGGCGAAGGCCUUGCAUCGGAAGAAAAAAAUUAUCUUAUAUAUGAUGCUCGUUUGGAUAUUAUUCAAGAACAAAAACAAAUUUCUAUCAUAUUGGCACAUGUACAGCGCGUUGAAUCAAUAAGUCCUGCAGGGGCAACUAAUCACUUUCUCUAUUUACAUUGGUGCAAAUGGUUACUGGAAGAUCAAGUAUGGAAAUUUCAAAUUUUGGAUACUUUAGAAGGUAAAGGCUCAGUACAUUAUUGCGCCUUUGAACCGCGAGCAGAAUCUGUUGUAAUAAGUUCCAAUCAUGAGUUUAAAUGGAGAUCUCAAAAGUCACAGGAAAAAUGUGUAGACAUACCGAAGAAAGAGGAGGAGAAACCACAGCUGCAUGGAGAAUCUGUAGAUGGUGAUGCCAAUUACGUUUCAGGUUUUACUUGGUCUCAGACAGAUGAAGAUUUAGUGAUCAAAUUUGAGGUUAAGGAGGGAAAAGCUAAAAACGAUUACAACGUUAAGUGUGAACAUAACAAGAUUACAGUAAAAUGUAAUGACGAAGUGUUAUUGGACCAUGAGCUAUUGGAUAAAAUUGAUUUGGAUUUAACAACAUGGACAAUUGAAAACAACUUCUUACAAAUAACAUUAAUAAAACAAACUCCAGGCUUACCAUGGACCUCAUUAUUGCCAAAUGGUUUGGGACCUAAAGAAGAUAAUGAUAAAAAUGGUGAAAACUCUUUGCCCAUGGAACAGCAGCCCAUAGCUAAUCUAGAAGCACCAAUAGAAGAUUGUGAUUUUCCUUUGGGCUCAGCAGAAGAUGAGAUAAAUAUUUCUCGCUUUAAUCUACCCACCAAAACCAUUACCCAUAACAUUAUAAUGGGCUCCUCACCACCUCUCUUCUCUACUUCCCUCAGACCAGGAUUUCCCUUAGCUAUAGCCACGCGACAAGAUGUCGAUUGCUGCCUAUGGCUACAACAAUACAAUCCCUCAAAGCCCGACGAAUGGUCAGUACGUCAUGAGGGCAAUUUACAUGCAUUUGGUUAUGUGCAGGCCUCAAAGCAGCAAAAGAAGUUUAUGGAUUGUUCUCCUGAUUUAGGUUAUGCCAUAAUUGCGGAAUCUUAUCGUCAUGUAUUUUUAUAUAAAACAAAAUACGAUACUGCCAGUGGUUUAAGAAAUCGUAAUGGACCUCAAGUUAGUAUAGGUAAACAGCAUUUAAUUACACUGGAAGAUGCUGGUGAAGUUUUGGGCUUGACUACAGCGAAUAGUGUGGCUACAUUGUUGACGGAGAAAUGUGUGUUAUUUUUACAAAUGGAAAGUUAAUAAAACAAAUGAAUAAAAAAUCUUUAAUAUGCAA